AAAAUUUAAAAGUUCAAGCGACAAAAAUGAAGCAAGCUUCCGAAAAUCGUUUCCGUCCCGGCGAAGUUGGUCAGUCAGUAACGGUUAAGAUUCCAGACGUCGAUAGGGCCCGUAGUGAUUUUAGAAAUAUUAUUGGAGUUAUUCUUUCGAUUAACAAUAACAUGUACGAAAUAGGGACUAAGGAAGGUCGCCUUUCAACUUUGUAUAGUAGAAACCAAUUUGUAAUUUACAAGGAAAGAUUUCUGAAAGUCGAUGAUGUGCCACAAACCAAGAUUUCACUCCGAGAGACAGCACGGACAUUUUCUAAUUUGGGUGGUCAGGGCUACGACCGAUGUACGUGUGUACAAAAAUAUAAAACACGGAAGUGCAAGUGCAAAGCUGCGGAGAGACUAUGCACAUCAAAAUGCCACGGGAGUAGUGCAUGCGAUAAUAAGUAAUAAAUUGAUAAUAUUGA